AUGUCUAAGCCCGAGGAGACCCCCGCCGCCGCCGCCCCCGCUGGCGAGGCUGGCAACAACCUCAACAUCGCCGAUGGCGAGAUCGAGUCCAACUGGGAGAGCGUCGUCGACAACUUCGACAACAUGGAGCUCAAGGACGAGCUCCUCCGUGGUGUCUACGCCUACGGUUUCGAGCGUCCCUCGGCCAUCCAGGCUCGUGCCAUCGUCCCCGUCAUCAAGGGCCACGACGUCAUUGCCCAGGCUCAGUCCGGUACCGGCAAGACCGCCACCUUCUCCAUCGCCAUUCUCCAGCGCAUCGACCCCAGCAUCCAGGCCGUCCAGGCGCUCAUCCUUGCUCCCACCCGUGAGCUCGCCCAGCAGAUCCAGAAGGUCGUCAUCGCCCUCGGCGACUACAUGAAGAUCAACUGCCACGCCUGCAUCGGCGGCACCAACGUUCGCGAGGACAUGGCCAAGCUCAACGAGGGCGCCCAGGUCGUCGUCGGUACCCCCGGCCGUGUCUAUGACAUGAUCAACCGUCGUGCCUUCAAGACGGACCAGCUCAAGAUGUUCUGCCUCGACGAGGCCGACGAGAUGCUCUCGCGUGGUUUCAAGGACCAGAUGUACGAGGUCUUCCAGCUGCUUCCCCAGGACACCCAGUGCGUCCUCCUCUCGGCCACCAUGCCCCAGGAGGUGCUCGAGGUGACCAAGAAGUUCAUGCGCGAGCCCGUUCGUAUCCUCGUCAAGCGCGACGAGCUCACCCUCGAGGGUAUCAAGCAGUUCUAUGUCGCUGUCGAGAAGGAGGAGUGGAAGCUCGACACCCUCUGCGAUCUCUACGAGACCGUUACCAUCACUCAGGCCGUCAUCUUCUGCAACACGCGCAGAAAGGUGGACUGGCUGACGGACAAGCUCACCUCGCGUGAGUUCACCGUCUCGGCCAUGCACGGUGACAUGGAGCAGGCGCAGCGCGAGGUGAUCAUGCGCGAGUUCCGUUCGGGCUCGUCGCGUGUCUUGAUCACCACCGACCUCCUCGCCCGUGGUAUCGACGUCCAGCAGGUUUCGCUCGUCAUCAACUACGAUCUCCCCUCCAACCGCGAGAACUACAUCCACCGCAUCGGCCGUGGCGGUCGUUUCGGUCGUAAGGGUGUUGCGAUCAACUUUGUCACGAGCGACGACGUCCGCAUGCUUCGUGACAUCGAGCAGUUCUACUCCACCCAGAUCGACGAGAUGCCCCUCAACGUCGCCGACCUCAUCUAA